CCCCGAGCGGGCUUGGUAUUUGGCGCCUGCGCGCUGAGUGCGUGCCGCUCCGCCGACCGAAGUGGCUGGACAUGACACCAGUGGCAUAUCACGGCCAUGGGGUCUCAGCAUUCCGCUGCUGCUCGCCCCUCCUCCUGCAGGCGAAAGCAAGAAGAUGACAGGGAUGGUUUGCUGGCUGAACGAGAGCAGGAAGAAGCCAUUGCUCAGUUCCCAUAUGUGGAAUUCACCGGGAGAGAUAGCAUCACCUGUCUCACGUGCCAGGGGACAGGCUACAUUCCAACAGAGCAAGUAAAUGAGUUGGUGGCUUUGAUCCCACACAGUGAUCAGAGAUUGCGCCCUCAGCGAACUAAGCAAUAUGUCCUCCUGUCCAUCCUGCUUUGUCUCCUGGCAUCUGGUUUGGUGGUUUUCUUCCUGUUUCCGCAUUCAGUCCUUGUGGAUGAUGAUGGCAUCAAAGUGGUGAAAGUCACAUUUAAUAAGCAAGACUCCCUUGUAAUUCUCACCAUCAUGGCCACCCUGAAAAUCAGGAACUCCAACUUCUACCCGGUGGCAGUGACCAGCCUGUCCAGCCAAAUUCAGUACAUGAACACAGUGGUCGGUACAUAUGUGACUACUAACGUCUCCCGUAUUCCACCUCGGAGUGAGCAACUGGUGAAUUUUACCGGGAAGGCCGAGAUGGGAGGACCGUUUUCCUAUGUGUACUUCUUCUGCACGGUACCUGAUAUCCUGGUGCACAACAUAGUGAUCUUCAUGCGGUGCGUCUCUCUUCCCUAUCCCGACGGCCUGUCCGGCCAUGUGAGCCUACCACCUUUGCUCAGGAGGCCCCUGUGUGACCACAGGGCAGAGGCACCUAGCCCGAGGGGACGCCCUGUGCCUCACGGGCACUGAUACAGUAGACCCUUGGUGUUCUCUAGACGCAGUGUCCACGUGCCCUUCACAAAUCACCAGUCACCCUGAGCAGUCAAACAUUUUCUCCAUAAAAUGGGUCUAGUUUAACGAAACACAUGAUCCCCUCAGAAUCCUAAUGAGACAGUCACGAACAGAAAAGCUUUCUCAAGAUGUUAAGCACUGGGCAUUUGACCAGACUUCCUCUCUAGCCACACAAAUUACCACAUGGCAUGGACCUUUAGGGUUGUUUCUGGAACCGUGACUGUUAAAUUGGCAAGUGACAAGACUCUGCUGCAGACAUGAAAUAUGAGGGGUUAGAGCAGAGUUUCUCAGCCUUGGCACUGUGAACAUUUUGGGCCAGACCUUUGUUGUAGGGGGCUGUUCUGUGCAUUAUAGGAUGUUUAACAGUAUUCCUGGCCUCUACCCACUAGAUCCCAGUAGUAAACCCUCCAUCCCUUAGUUGUGACAACCCAGAAUGUCUUCAGGCAUUGCCAGAAGUCUCCUGUGGGGUAAAAUCAUUCUCGAUUGAGAACCCUUGUUUGGAAGGCCACCUCCUGGCACAGUAUCUCUGUGAAAGUGGAAAGAUCUUCUGGCCUCCUGGUUACACAACCAUGAGGAUAUGUGCCUGGGGCCCAUGGGUAUUGUUCCCUGAACUUGCAAAAAAUUUCCUGGGACAUUUUUCUGGCUUAUUUCAUCCCCCAAACAUAAUCAAUUCUUCUUGGUUUUCUUUUGCCUAGAACUUCAGUGAAGAUUUCAUACAUUGGCCUCAUGACCCAGAGCUCCUUGGAGACACAUCACUAUGUGGAUUGUGGAGGAAAUUCCACAGCUAUUUAACAACUGCUAUUGGUUCUUCCACACAGCGCCUGUAGAAGAGAGCGCAGCAUCUGUUCCCAAGGCCUGAGUCCUGUACCUACCCCCACAUGGUGUCAGCAGAGGAGGAAUUGGUUCGCUUAACUCCCAGCAAACAUCCUCCUGCCACUUAGGAGGAAACACCUCCCUAUGGUACCAUUUAUGUUUCUCAGAACCAGCAGAAUCACUGCUCAGUGCCUAGCCUGUGCCCAGCAAAUAGUUGGCACUCAAUAAAGGUUUGCAGAAUUUAAUACGGAUCUUUUCAGCUGUUCUUAGGGCAUUAUAAAUGGAGACCAUAACGUGGUUCUAGGUUAUCAAACCGUGGAGUGAUGUGGAGCUAGGACUGUGAGUGAGCUGCAGGCCAUUAUCAGUGCCUCAUCUGUGCAGAAGUGGCAGCAGAGAGGGACCAUCCAAAUACCUAAGAGAAAACAGACCUAUUCAGGAUGUGAAUUUGUUUCAGCUGUUCCCAAAGGCCUGGGAGCUUUUCGAAAAGAAAGAAAAAAGCGUGUUGGCUUUUUUUUUUUUUAGGAAGUUAGAAUUGUUUUUACCAAGAGUCUACGUGGGGCUUGAUUCACCCUUCAUCCAUUGGCUGGAACAUGGAUUGGGGAUUUGAUAGAAAAAUAAACCCUGCUUUUGGUUCA